AUGAUUAAUCGUGUCCAGAGGUUUGGGUGCCUGACCAGGAAAUAUACGGGAGUCGGCAUGAGAGGCUCCAUGGAGGGGCAUGGGCUGAAGGAGAAGAAGCGCAGACAGCGAGGGAUGCAGAAGAAAAACCUAUCCACCGUGCCAUCUACCGGGUCAGGCGAAGCCCUGCGGCUAAGCAAAGGAGGCCAAGCGGCUUCCCGCCAGGGGACUCUAUGGUAUGGCCUGACGCAGCUCAACGGGGCGUCUCGGCAACCGUGGUGGGGGCUGGCAACAUCGAAAGAAGAUAACUAUAUCUCUUCCUGGCUCGUUGCAGGCAAGGCGUUUGAACGGUAUCGGAGAGCUGUGGCUGGUGUCCAAAAGGUGGCUUCGCUUGUACGGCUCAAUAGAUACGAGGAGGAGGGGGCGUUAGCCAGUACAGCACCUGAGUUGCACAACUAA